AGGUGUUCCGUUGGCUCGAGCUACCAAACCUCUCGUGCUCUAACUGUGAUGCUAAUGUAAACAUUUUAAUAAUAAAACGGUAAAUUGAGGCGAAAGCGGCCGUUAGUAAUUUGUCACAUAUGACAAGGAAUGCCGCCUCGCGCCGAGUGGACCGUUGGUUGGUGAGCGAGGGAAGUUAUCGAGGGGAAAGUCCGAGUAGCUCGGCUGCGAUGUGACAGAGUACUAAGUACCCGGGAAGGUGAGUGAUCACUGUCAGUAUCACCUGCUUGUAUAUGUCCAGUGUUCAGGCUCCCGGUGCUCCCGUGUUUAAGCUAACGUUAGCUGUGCUAAAUGUUGUUAUUGGCCCCAGACAGCACGGUAACACAUCUACACGAAACCCCUGUAUUAGCUCUUGUAUGAUCAAACGUUAUAGGUAGUGCCUCCAUAAUAUUAGACUUAACGCGAGGGGCUUCAGAGAGCUCAGGUUUCGUUUCCUAAUGGCAAAGGAAGAAUGCAUGACUCAAUCGACCACAACGAGGGACACGUCAACACUACGCAACAGGAGAACCGGUCCCACAUCUUCAAGGGAGGCCCUCCAGGCCCUGGAGGACAGUCAGGCUGCUGGCCUCUCGCCAGAAGAUGACACUCAGUCUUCAAACGGGACAUCUCAUCACCUUUCGGCCGGAGGACACGUCAGCCGGGACCCCCAGAGCGGCGGCGUGGUGCUGAUGCUGGUGGCCGGGCUGAGCUUCGCCACACGCCUCUACCGGAUCACAGAGCCCCCUCACGUGUGCUGGGAUGAGACGCACUUUGGAAAGAUGGGAAGCUACUACAUCAACAGGACCUUCUUCUUCGAUGUCCAUCCUCCGCUUGGAAAAAUGCUGAUCGGUCUCGCCGGUUACAUGACCGGUUAUGAUGGAAGCUUUCCCUUCGCAAAGCCAGGAGAUAAAUAUGAACACCACAACUACUGGGGGAUGAGAGGACUCUGCGCCGUGUUGGGCUCCUUUCUCCCGAUCUUCGCCUACCUCAUCGUGCUGAACUUAUCUCGGUCGUACACGGCUGCUCUCAUCACCGCCACUCUGGUCAUAUGUGACACCGGCUGCAUCACCAUCUCCCAGUACAUCCUGUUGGACCCGAUCCUCUUGUUCUUCAUCAUGGCCGCUGUGCUGAGCAUGGUCAACUUCAGCCUGCAGAGAUUCAGGCCGUUUACGUCGUCCUGGUGGCUGUGGCUGAUACUGACCGGUGUGAACCUUGCCGGGGCCUUGGGGGUGAAGUUUGUGGGUCUGUUUGUCGUCCUGCUGGUGGGGCUGAACACCGUCUGGGACCUCUGGAGACUGCUGGGAGACCUGAGCCUCUCACUGGUGGAAAUCACAAAGCACUUCCUGGCUCGGAUUGUCGGACUCAUCCUGGUUCCACUCUUCCUCUACGUCACAAUCUUUGCCGUCCACUUUGUUGUGUUGAACAAAAGCGGACCGGGCGACGGCUUCUACAGUUCAGCUUUUCAGUCCCGACUAAUCGGCAACAACCUCCACAAUGCCUCCAUGCCCGAGUACCUGGCCUAUGGAUCCAUCAUCACAGUAAAAAACCUCCGUAUUGCUGGAGGCUAUUUGCACUCUCAUUGGCACUUAUACCCAGAGGGCGUGGGAGCGAGGCAGCAGCAGGUGACAGCCUAUCUCCAUAAGGACUACAACAACGUGUGGCUGGUUCACAGACCGGAUAAUAAUGCAUCUCAACCCGGGACAGCUGACCUUGUUCGUCACGGUGACAUCAUUCGACUGGAGCACAAGGAAACCACCCGGAACCUUCACGGUCACCUCCACGAGGCUCCGCUCACCAAGAAGCACUUCCAGGUUACAGGCUAUGGCAUUAAUGGCACAGGUGACACCAAUGACCUGUGGCAGGUGGAGGUGUGCGGAGGCCGGAAGGGUGACCUGGUGAAGGUGCUGCGGAGCAAAGUCCGCUUUCUGCACCGAGCCACCGGCUGUGUGCUUUACUCGUCCGGAAAGACUCUCCCGAAGUGGGGCUGGGAGCAGGUGGAGGUGACCUGCAGUCCCUACUUGAAGGAGACUCCAAGCUCUCAGUGGAACAUCGAAGACCACGUCAACCCCAAAUGGCCCAACAUCAGUCUGUCUGUGCUGAAGCCCCAUUUCCUGGAGAUCCUCCUGGAGUCCCACAUCGUGAUGAUACGAGGGAACAGUGGCUUGAAACCCAAAGACAAUGAGAUGAACUCCAAACCCUGGCAUUGGCCCAUCGACUAUCAGGGCUUGAGGUUUUCCGGAGUGAAUGACACCGAGUAUCGUGUUUACCUGCUGGGGAACCCCGUGGUCUGGUGGAUGAACCUGGCCAGUUUGGGAUUGUACCCCAUCAUGGUGGCAGUGGCGUCCAUAGCGCUCCAGAGAGGUUUCUCAUUGGGCCAAAAGAGAAAAGAGCAUUCUCUGGUGCUUCAGAGGGAAGGCGGGCUGCUGCUCCUCGGCUGGCUGCUGCACUACGCACCUUUCUACACGAUGGGCCGCGUCCUCUACUUCCACCACUACUUCCCUGCAAUGCUCUUCAGCAGCAUGCUGACAGGAAUCACGUUCGACGUUCUGUUGAAAAGCACCGACCUGCUGCUCCGCCCUCCGUAUUCUGAUUGGCUGCGGAGACUCGGGCUGCUGGUGCUCCUGUUGAGUGUUCUCUACAGCUUCUACCUGUUCCAUCCGCUUUCCUACGGCAUGACGGGUCCUCUGGCACACGAGCCGGGCAGCGCCAUGGCCGGCCAGAAGUGGAUGGACUCCUGGGAGUUCUAGUACACACGAGAAUACACUAAUAUUGUUCUGAUAAUGAGGGACUUUAUUCAAUCGUGUGUCUCAAAGACUUAUGGUUUUUACAGCGUUUACAUAAAAUGAUCAUUUUCAAAAGGUACCGACUGCACACACCGCUAUUAAGUCUCUACCUGUCCAUGUAUUUAUGCGUCUCGACAUUUUCAAGUAUCGUAGUCUAUAAUGUUUAAAGAGUGCUUGGUGAAACGGACCUGGAUUAGUGCAAUAUGGAAGCCAGAGUUGUUGAGCAUGAGAGAGUUCAGUCCUCAACUCUUCACCAAGCUGCCUUAACUCUCAACACAUCUUACAUCUGGGACUUGCAGUUUAUCUCAAUACUGUAUGUUACAAUGAUAUAAGCUAGAGUGCCUGGAAGGAAGUAAUUAAGUAAAUCUGAAAAGCUCAAGUGUUGCAUCUCCGUGUUGGUACGUUUUCCAGAUAACACUUUCUUGGUUCCAUAGUUAUCGGCUAUCAGACUGUAUUUUCAUUUGAGAUCAUCUUGGUCUCAGUGCCCGGUAUUUUUAUAUUUAGACAUCCAGUAUUGGCCUGUUUUUACAUCGCAAUACUACUGCUGACUGUGUCAUGUACCUUACAGUAUGAGCAUUAAAAUGGGAUAUUCUUGUA